UUCAACCAGAUAUUGACUGCAAGCAAAGUGUGUCUUUGAACAGAUCCAAUAUGGCUAAAGCAGCAGGAGCAGCAGCUGCAGCUCUGGGAGCCGUCGUUGCAGCCGGUGAAGCCAUCGCUGGUGCUUCCCCCACCCAUCGCCAGUGCAAUGUCGAGAUCACCAACGUCUGUAAAGACUACAGCCUCUCUAAUCCCAGGAUGUACCUUGACAGCGGACACUGUGCGAUACCUCAGUCCCCCUUCAUUGACUCUGGAACAUCUGAUGUUGCUGUGUUUGUCAAAACCCCUAACACUGCAUGUGGAUCUGUCGGCGUCAUCACGUAUGAUCUCCAGGACAACAAAACACAGCAGAGCACUAAGAAAAUGGCCGUCAUGUUCUCUGUGCCUUACGACUUUAAUUUUUACUCCAAUGUGUAUGCAGUGGGAAUCUUUGACCACAGCAGAGAGUGUGAUAAGACACUUUAUAAUGAGAUGAUAAGUGGAUCAGGAUCAUUUGCCAGAAAGAAAGCAAAAGAGCCAGGAAGUCUCAUUUAUGAAGGUGGUACUUUUACCAUCAUGGCCACAAUGUCAGACACCUACCAACCUGUCAUAAAGCUGCGAAUUAGUCAGAAAAUUUAGUGACCAAACAUAAACAAUGUUGGUUACAGAACACCUUUAUCACAUAAAUGUUGUCUAUCAGGGCUAAUAAUGUGAUGUAAUAGAAUAGUUUGUCACAGAUCGGUACUGAUACGGAAAACUUUAACUCAUAAAGACCCAAACAUCCAUCGUCGACUAAAAGCACUGAUCUAAACUGUUGAAUACCUGUUGAUCCACUAAUCCUAUCAAUACAUGUCAAUAAUUG